AUGGCCGGCAUCGAGAACCGCGGGCCGGUGCUCUCGGCGGUGGCCAUCUUCCUCGUGACGAUGGCAUUCAUCUCGUUCACCUUGAGGGCUUAUGUGCGCGCGCGCAUGGUGAGAGCCUUUGGGGUGGACGACUGGUUCAUGUUGCUCGCGACGAUAAUGUUCAUCCUCUUUGUCACAUGUGUAAAUGUCGGUGUGCACUACGGAACCGGUCGCCAUUACGCGGACCUGGAACAGGCGGACUUCGACAACGCCAUGCAGUUCUGGUAUUACUGUUAUAUUUGGUACUGCUGGACCAUGAUCUUCUCCAAGAUCUCAAUUGGAAUUUUCCUGCUGCGCAUCAUCGUCGAGCGCAUCCAGGUCUGGUUCAUUUACGUCGCCUUGGCCAUCAACGUGAUGACCGGGCUGGUGUUUUUCUUUGUCACCACGCUCCAGUGCCACCCAGUCUCCUAUUUCUGGCACAAGGAGCAGCCCGGCACGUGUAUUCCCAUUGGCAUCAUCAUCGCCCUCACAUAUCUCUAUUCGAGCCUCAACAUAAUCUGCGACUUCACAUUCGCCCUACUGCCGAUCUUCAUUGUGCGCAAGCUCAACAUGAAGCGGAGAAUGAAGGUCGCCAUCAUACCACUGCUCAGCAUGGGCUGCAUCGCGAGUUCCGCCGUUGUUGUCCGACUAUUUUACGUUGAGACAUUCAGGAAUCCCGACUUUCUGUUUGCCACUGUCGACAUCGCCAUUUGGUCCACCGUCGAAGGCGGCCUGGCCGUCACAGCGGGAAGCCUGGCCUGCAUCCGACCACUAUUCAAGGUCAUCAUGCACCGCCUCGGCCUGUCGACCGAGUCCUACUUCCCGCCAUCGAAGCAACUCCCUGGGGGCGCAUCGGGCCGGGGUGCGCAGCCGCCACCGACGAUCGGCUCGUCGAACAAGGCGUUGCGCCGCAGCAGCGACAUUUUCCACAUGGGGACGCUAUUCACACGCGUGGACAAGGAGGAUGAGGCGCACGACGACAAGGCGUCGACGACAAAGCUGGUCCAGGGAGGGGGAAUUGUCAAGACCAGUACAGUCCGGGUCAAGAUCGAGCCCAUGUCGACCAACGCGUCCGGGUCCGGGUCGGAGCGUGGGGGCUCGAGUAAGGAGGACCUGCGGAUGUUCAAGGGCCACCUGAACCGCAGUCCCGUGUGA